AUGCCUUCCGACGUCAAGCCCCAGGAUAUUACCGAGAAGAAUGACCCUAGUGUCAUGAGACAGUGGGACGAGGCCGACUUCUCCACCAAGUUCGAGGAGUUCUACAAGAUUGUGGAUGGAUUAAAGAUUGGUCUUCUAGGCACAUACCGCCCUGGUGUCGGACCCGUCACACGCUCCAUGGCCCUGGCCAAGCGCACCGGCCCCGACUUCCUCUUCCUCGCCAACGCACACUCGCAAAAGUUCAAGGAUAUCGAGGCAAACAAGGAAGUCAACAUUUCCUUCCAAGACACCAAGAGCCAAGACUGGAUCUCAGUCACCGGUACCGCCACCACUGCUUCCAACAGCGAUCCUCGUAUCAAGGAAGUCUGGAGCCGUGGUGCUGCAGCCUGGUUCGGUGACGUUGGAGAUGGUGUCCACAAUGGCACUGCCGAGGACCCGAGAAUGAGCUUGAUCGAGACCAACGUCGGCGCCCUCGGUUACCUCAAGGAAGUCGUUGCUGCCAAUGUCACCGGUGGAGUUGCCAACACCGGUAACCUCAGACAAAUGAAGGAGGACGAGAUUUCUCAGGCCAGAAAGCAGCACUCCAGCAUGAGCUCGUAA